AUGGGAGAAGGCGCAGGAGACUGCCACGACAGAGGGUCUCACUCCAUCGAAAGUCGCUUACCUGACACUCACACCGCAUGUGAAGGUACAAGCUCCUUCAGCUCCAGCGAGACUCACUGGAUCUGUAGGCUGUCCCAUCAUGCUGCCAGGGAAACGGAACCAGAAGUUUGCGGGCUCUGGUUAUCGCCAGGAUUAUUUUCCUGCGGAGGAACAACUCGGCCUCUCAGAGGGCUUGGGCUCCAUGAGGAGGCUGCCUCGGGACAGCCGAUUUUAGGGGAAGCCCGGCAACUGUUUCUCUAG